AUGGGGGCCGAGGGCGCGACGCGGGGUGAGGUCAGGCUGAGAAGCCCCAAGGGGCCUCACUGGCACUGGAACCUUAAAGGGACUGGCAGAGCCGACUGCUGGCUGCCGGAGGCGGCGGUGCGGUGGCUGUCCGGGUCCAGGGGUUCUGCCUGCUCUGCAGUGUCCCUGCGGUUCAAGUCAUUGGACUUUAAUUCCUUCAAGCAGCUGGGGGUGGGGGGGGGAUGGCUCGCACUGGGGUGUGCAUCAGCUCUGAAGGCAAAGCAGGGACUGCCAGGCACAGCCGCGCCCGGCACGGGGCUCAGAAACCCUGCCCUUUGCCGAGGCUCCUGCCGCACGUUCUCCCCACUGCCUCCUGCCCCCCCAGGUUACCAGGUGACGGGGGUGUUCAUGAAGAACUGGGACUCCCUGGACGAGCAUGGCGUCUGCACCGCCGAUAAAGACUGCGAAGACGCCUACAGGGUGUGCCAGAUCCUAGACAUCCCUUUCCACCAGGUGUCCUACGUGAAGGAGUACUGGAACGACGUGUUCAGUGAUUUUCUAAAUGAAUACGAGAAAGGAAGGACUCCCAACCCUGACAUCGUCUGCAACAAGCACAUCAAGUUCAAGUGCUUUUUCCAUUACGCGGUAGACAACCUUGGCGCGGACGCAGUUGCCACGGGUCACUACGCACGGACGUCCCUGGAAGAUGAGGAGGUCUUCCAGCAGAAGCACGUGAGGAGACCAGAGGGCCUUUUCAGAAACCGAUUUGAAGUUCGAAAUGCGGUGAAGCUUCUGCAGGCAGCUGACAGCUGUAAAGACCAGACCUUCUUUCUCAGCCAGGUUCCCCAGGAGGCCCUGCGGAGAACGCUCUGCCCCCUGGGGGGGCUCACGAAGGAUUUUGUGAAGAAAAUAGCUGCUGAGAACAGACUGCACCAUGUGCUGCAGAAGAAGGAGAGCAUGGGCAUCUGCUUCGUGGGCAAGAGGAAUUUUGAAAAGUUCAUCCUCCAGUACCUACAGCCGCGGCCCGGGCACUUCAUCUCCAUAGAAGACGGCACUGUGCUGGGGACACACAGAGGGUGGUUCCUGUACACGUUAGGCCAGAGGGCCAGGAUCGGUGGCCUGCGCGAGCCCUGGUAUGUGGUGGAGAAGGACGGCGCCACGGGUGACGUGUUCGUGGCCCCCCGGACGGACCACCCGGCCCUGUACAGGGACCUGCUGCGGACCAACCGCGUGCACUGGAUCGCGGAGGAGCCGCCCGCAGCCCUGGUCCGCGACAAGAUGAUGGAGUGCCACUUCCGCUUCUGCCACCAGAUGGCGCUAGUGCCCUGCGUGCUGACCCUCAACCAGGACGGCACCGUGUGGGUGACGGCGGUGAAGGCGGUGCGGGCCCUCGCCCUGGGACAGUUCGCCGUGUUCUACAAGGGGGAGGAGUGCCUGGGCAGUGGGAAGAUCCUGCGCCUCGGACCGUCGGCCUACACGCUCCCGAAGGGCAAGAGCCGGUCCAGCGUGGCCACUGAGGGCCCCAGCGACGGCCCCGGCUCGGGACCCGCGCCCUGAGCACCGGAGUGGCUGCGGAGGAGCAGAGCCUGGGCGGCCCGCAGCAUGGCUGCUGCUGGACCCGCUGCCCAGGAGGGGCCAGAGGACUUACUGACUGUGGGUCUGUCCGGGGCCCACCCGUAGUGCCUCUUACACCCUGGAGGGGCCGCAGGGACAGCGCGGAAUAAAAACCUGUCCGGCA